AUGGGGAUUAAUAUAAAUGAGAGCAGGGAAGGUAGCCGAGGUAUUGAGAGAGAUGGGAAGCCUGAGGCCCAGAAGACCACACUGCAACUCAUGGAUGUUCCCUGGGUCAUAUGGCCCAGUCUCUGGCACACAGUUCGUAACUGGAUAUUUGCUAACCUCAUUAUUCACCGCUACUUGGAUCAAGAAUUUUCCUUAUCUUCCUUUAAAACUGGAGCUAUUCAGGCUUUGGUGCAUGUUUCCAGUGAGUUAUCCAAGGGUAAUUUUGAGGCUCUUCAUGAGCUGAUUACAAAACCAACUCUAGAAGAAAUACAAAGAAACUUCGCUCGUCUCUCCUUGAAACAAAGACUGGAUCUGGCUGUUUUGGCUGAUGAUAUAUUUUUUUCAUUCCCCUACCAAAUUGGAAUAAUAUUUACCAAUGAAGAUAUAUCCGUGAGUUUACUCGUGGUGUUGAGGACCAGUGGACCAUAUCUCUUGCUAAUCACUUCAAGCCUGGGGAACUCAUCCAGCAGCGGUGAAACACUAUAGCAUGCAUAAUGAUGCACUCAUUGCAGCCACACCAGCAGCUCAACACAUGUUGACUUUUAUGUCUUUCUUUCACCUUUGUAAAUAAGGACUUUGUUAAAAGAGCAGUGUAACUCUUAAUAAUACAACACUGUAUUUAUUGCAAUAUACUGUACACCAUGUGUGUAUAUAUAAAACAUGCUGAAAAGACAGAAUAAUAAUUGUACUAAUUAUAAUAAUAAAUCUAUUUCAAGGCAUUAUUCAAAAAUGCUGGAUAACAGUGUGAAGGCCCAUAAUAUGCACAGCAUUUCAGGCCAACUUAGACUAGGAUUAAGACAACUUUGGACUAACAGCUAUACAUUUUUAUAGGUCUAGUACAAGGUAUUGGCAAAGUUAAAAUCAGUAGUUGAGGUACAACUAACAAGAAUAUUCACCAAAAAUUUAAUUGCAAUUAACAACUUGGAGAAAAUUGACUGGUAUUUUAUAACAGGCUUCAGACAUUUUGAUAUCAGGCACUCAAAAUAGUGUGAUAUCAGUCAAGGAAAAUGUUUUUUAAAACCUCAAAGCUUAUUAAUAUUAACGUUCAGCCUUGUGCACACAAAUUUGUAUAAAUGUUGGGAGUGUAUUUUAUCUUUUGUAAACUCUCAUUAAUUGUGGCCUGUAGUUCAUUGCUCAGUAUAUACCAGUACCUGAGGGUGCAGAAACAACUUGUAUCAGGUGUUAGAGUUGUGAUCAGUGUGAAGGAAACCAGACUUUUCAGUAUUUGAAUGCUUUCCUAACACUUAUUACUGGUAAGCUCCACUGUUGAUUUUCAUCACAUUUUUCAAAAUAAAACUUGCUAAUAAUUAGUUAAAAAUGUAUUGUAAGAAAUGUAUUAGUUAAAAAUGUAUUGUAAGAAAAGUAGUAAGGCUUUAUUAUGCUUCAUUUAUAAUGAGAGCUUUCAAAGACUGUUUAAAACUAUUCUAAAUUAUUUUGAAUGAAAUAAAGAAGAAUAGUGUAUUUGGCUUGUACAGUUAUCACACCAAAUUUUUGUGGCAAUUGCAGCUAAAACUGAAGCUUGUGGCCAGCACUAUGAUUCAGAAUAUAUUGGGCACAAAUAAAUUUUAUGUAAAAAAUAUAUUAAUAAAUUAUACCAUAAUCUUUUUCAUGUA